AUGGUGGAGCCCGAACGUCGCCGCAGACGGCCAACUGUGAAUACAGCUCCUGCUCGCUCUGCAGGAGACGCAAGAUCCGAUGCAAUCGAGAAACUCCCUGCAGCAAUUGCGUACGGUCUAGAAACAAUAUUUGCGUUUAUGAGAUUCAUCCUCAAUCUCCGCGGCAUCAUCUUGGCCAGGGCCAAACAACUGGCUUUAGCCUGGCCCAAAGUUCCCGAGAAUCACUACCUGUUGACGGAGCUUCCAGCACAAGCAGAGGGUCGACAGUCGCGGGCCAUCCAAUUCGAGUCUAUGAAAAGCAGAAUCAAACACCUUGAAGAACAGCUGUCUAAAACGACACUAGAGCCUAUCCAGUCUCCUGUUUCGACUACGAAUACUACCAUAGAGACAUCAACGUCAGAUAUGGGUGGAACUUUCUCUAUCCAUCGUGAAAGCCGCUUGUUAGGCCAACCUCCGACUAUCACUCGUAGCGUUACGCAUAAGAAACGUAUGUUUGGCCAAAGCCAUUGGUUUAAUGGAGUUGUACUAAUAUUCGAGCCGUAUCUACGAGACGGGUCAAUGAAGGCUUGCUCUGGCGUACAAAAGUGUAAAUCUUUAGCAAGGGUUAUAAAAUCGCAGCGGGCACCUUCGUGGCCCUCGCCAAUAACGACCGAAUUGCCCCCUAAAAAUGUUGCUGACGAGCUCGUCGACUGUUACCUUCGGACGACUGAAACCGUCUAUCGAGUCCUGCACGUCCCUACCUUCAAAAGGGACUAUGGAGCCCUCUGGCUGUCAGAUACCGAGCCCGAUACGGCAUUUUUGAUUCAACUUAAGCUGGUGCUCGCCAUCGGAGCUUCCACUUACGAUGAGCAAUUCUCCCUGCGUGUCUCGGCCGUUCGAUGGGUGUAUGAGGCUCAAACCUGGCUUUUGGAGCCGAAAUUUAAGUCACGACUAGGCAUCCAACCUCUGCAGAUAAAUCUCUUACUUCUGCUUGCUCGAGAAACAGCAGGUGUCGGUGAAGAGUUUAUCUGGAUUUCGGCCGGCGAGCUACUCAGAAGGGCAGUGUAUAUGGGGUUCCAUAGGGAUCCCGCGCAUCUGCCAAAGAGGACGACUUUCGCUGCUGAGAUGCGCCGAAGGCUAUGGAACACAAUUCUAGAGGUAACGCUACAAUCUAGUUUGACCUCGGGGGGGCCUCCACUCAUAUCUCUCGACGACUUUGAUACCGAGCCUCCCGGGAAUUUCGAUGACGACCAGCUCAUGGCCGAGGGCCCUGUGCCAAAGCCAGAAGGCGACUUCACUCAAGUGUCCAUCGCAAUAUCCCUCCGUAAGAUGUUUCCGGUCCGUCUUGCAAUCACCAAGUUCUUAAACGAUUUCCGCUCUCAGGGCACAUACGAGGAAACGCUUCGACUUGAUUCAGAGCUAAGGGCGUCAUACAAAGCCAUAUGCCAAACCCUCCAAGGAUGUAGUUCGAGCACUGGACCUUCGCCUUCUCGAUUUGAAAUAGGCGUAGUGGAUUUCCUAGUACAUCGCUACCGCUCAUCCCUUCAUGUUCCGUUUUUCGGCCUGGCAUUACACGAGACGGCCUAUGCAUUUUCCAGGAAGGUGGUAGUCGAGACUUCACUCAAAAUUUGGUAUGCAGCGUGCCCAUCCUCGUCCACCACGGUUGCUCAGCCCCGCAGCGAUACUGCUUCCCCAGAUCAGGACGAUUUGGCGCGACUCACAGUCUGCGGCUCUGGAUUCUAUCGCACCGUUGCCGCGCAGGCUACCUUGCUCAUAGGACUAGAACUUAGGACGCAACUGCAGGAGGAGGAAAGUCUGGGCCCCGUACCUUUACGACCAGAUCUGCUUUCCGUAUUAGAGGAUGCGAAAACUUGGUGCCUGCGGUGUAUCAAGGCCGGAGAGACCAACAUCAAGGGAUAUUUGAUCACGUGUAUAAUUGCUACACAGAUCGAAGGACUCAUGCGAGGCCUUGGGAAGGAUGAGAUCUUUGGAUUGAUAGUCAAAGCUGUAGACGAUGCUGAAAAAAUAUGCUUGCCGGUACUUGAAGAAAUGGCGGCCCAAGGCCAGGCUGAGGAACCUGUAGAAGGUCCCCACCAAAUAUCAUCGAACGCAUCGCCUGAGGCAAUGGAAAGCUGGGACUUUCUGAUGUCAGAUGCCCUGUUCAAUACUAACAACGCGGAGCCAAUGAGCUGGAUGUUCAAUGACGAAAAUAUUCAAACGCAGGCACUUUGGUGA